GGGCGGGGAGUGGGCAGGGCCGAGAUGGGGGCGUGCGCGCUGACCUGAGCGCCAGGGGAGUGAGAGACGCCUCCUGGCGGGAGCUGGCGGCUGUGGACCCCAGCAAGAGCGGAGGGGAAGAGGGGAGCUGGGGCGGGGAGCAAGGAGCCGGGAGGAGGGCGGCGGGCGGGCCUGUCUCUUUAAGGUGCCCGAGGCUCGCGGGCGCUGCGCUGCGGGGACGGCGGGAGGCGCGGCCUGGCCUCGCACUCAAAGCCGCCGCAGCGCUCCCCGGGCUCUGCCUACCCGGCGGGGAUCUAGGGGUGGGCCACUUCGCGGGACCGCGGCGCAGGCUUCCUGGGAGUUACUGAUCAUCUUCUUUGAAGAAACAUGAAGUUACACUAUGUUGCUGUGCUUACUCUAGCCAUCUUGAUGUUCCUGACAUGGCUUCCAGCAUCACUGAGCUGUAACAAAGCGCUCUGUGCUAGUGAUGUGAGCAAAUGCCUCAUUCAGGAGCUCUGCCAGUGCCGGCCGGGAGAAGGCAAUUGCUCCUGCUGUAAGGAGUGCAUGCUGUGUCUUGGGGCCCUUUGGGACGAGUGCUGUGACUGUGUUGGUAUGUGUAAUCCUCGAAAUUAUAGUGACACACCUCCAACUUCAAAGAGCACAGUGGAGGAGCUGCAUGAACCGAUCCCUUCUCUCUUCCGGGCACUCACAGAAGGAGAUACUCAGUUGAAUUGGAACAUCGUUUCUUUCCCUGUUGCAGAAGAACUUUCACAUCAUGAGAAUCUGGUUUCAUUUUUAGAAACUGUGAACCAGCCACACCACCAGAAUGUGUCUGUUCCCAGCAAUAAUGUUCACGCGCCUUAUUCCAGUGACAAAGAACACAUGUGUACUGUGGUUUAUUUUGAUGACUGCAUGUCCAUACAUCAGUGUAAAAUAUCCUGUGAGUCCAUGGGAGCAUCCAAAUAUCGCUGGUUUCAUAAUGCCUGCUGUGAGUGCAUUGGUCCAGAAUGUAUUGACUAUGGUAGUAAAACUGUCAAAUGUAUGAACUGCAUGUUUUAAAGAAGACAAAUGCAAACCAAAGCAACUUAGUAAAAUAAUAAGUAUAAAAAGUUAUUCUGUAAGGCUGUUGGUUGUAUCAGAAUCCCAGUAAGUUAAGUUGUAAAGACUUUGGAAUAAGUUUCUUUUAAAAAUAUGACAUAGCCAGUGAUGUGUUUAAUUAUAUAACUGUUCUUACUGAUUUUAUUGCCCCCUAGCAAUAAGCCCUUUCCUUUGAAUACAUGUACAACUUUGGUCAUAUGAGAAGCAGGUGCACAGAGAAUUCCUUGAAAGAUCUGAGGUUUUUAACAUGAAGCCUGAUGUGGUUUUCCUCUAGCAUUCCAAAUGGUUUUUGCUUUGAAAGUGUUAGCAGAAGCAUGUUGAUGUGAAUUAUGAUUUCUUCAUGUGCUACUCUUAGCACACUGAGUUUUUAUAGUUGCACAUCAUUCCUCAUUGUGCCUUGUUUUAUCCAUUUUAUAAAUAGAGUAGAUAUUGAUAUACUACUCUGAUAACUCAUAUAAAAAUAUCAUCAUAAAAAGCUUAAUUUCAUCCCUUUUAUGUUGGUUUUAAAAUGUAAAUGCUUACCAUAUUUUAUAAUUGAGAACUCCUACAUAGUAGAAUCCAUUCUAUAAUACAUGUGUUGACAAAGCUUUGGAGAAAGUUUCCUAUUCUCUUCCAUUUCCCCUGCCCAAAGUGCUGACAUAGGCAGUGAUGAAGAAUCUUUACCAAGAUUUUCAGGGUGUACCUAUGAAAUUGCUUUAAAUGCACUGCUGGAGUAAAUAAUUAGCAAGCAAAAGCAUUUCUGUGACUUCAGGUACCAGCUUAAAGAGCACUAGGGAUGGGGAAAAAUGCCAAAUCAGACUCCACCUAGAGCACCAGGAAACAGCUUGUACCCUGGUAGGGAAAUGGUGUCGCUGAAAGGGGAGGCUGAGCUGGUACAAGACUGAAUUCGUGCAGCCUUAGCCAAGACAAAGCAGUGUUUUUCAGCAGACAGGUGAUGGGACAGGAAUUGAAGAAGAGAAUUGACUCGUAUGAACAGGGCAGGGUGAAAAUGCUGGGAAUUAUAAUGGGAAACAAAACUAUCUACGUUCAUAUUUUGUAAUAUUUCAUUUGUUAAGUUUAUAUCUGGAUAUAAUGUUCUUUUUAAACAAGUAUAAUCAUAUCGUCAGAGGUUAAGAUUAUGAAAUUUUAAAAUCUCUAUUCAAGAUGAUGUUCACUCCAAAUACACUACAGAAUUUAGUCAACAUUUUAUAUAAUGUUUCAAUAAAUGUUUCAAUAAAGAUACUAUGUGCCCUUCAUAGUAAUAAAAUCUCAAUCUUUAAGCAUGAAUUAAAAACAUAAAUACUUAUAUUACAGACUUAAUUUUACAAAAUUACUGCUUGCUCUAGUGCAUAUUUGAACUACAAGCAACUUUUUAGGAAUACCUCUUUAUACGUCUACAUAUUUUAGUAUAUAAAAAUAGAUAAUGCUCUUGGACACAUUUUAUAUUGUUCAUGAUCUGAAUAGUAGUUAGUUAAAAGAUCAUUUGUAAUAUUAUGAUCAACUGUUAUAAAUUAAGGUCUUAAUACCUUUUCUGCUCUUUCAGAUAACUCUAAUGAAUAUUCAAGAUAUUUUAGCCUUUUAAAAAGUUGAGAUUUAGCUCAUGGAUAUAUUUUUUGGUAGGAAAACAUUAGGGUCUCCUUUUCUUCCUUUUACCUAGAAUGCCUCGUUUAAAAGUGCCUUGAAAACAUUUAGCUCCCCUUCUUCAUGAGCACCUGUAGAGCCGAAAGUAUCCUGGAACUUUAGACAGAAAGCUGAAAGGAAUCUGCAGCCUCCUGCUGCAGUUCAACUCUGCUGUUUUUCAGUCAUUUCCUACUGUGAGUGGAGUGAUGUUUGUGUGUGUGUUGGCAACAUGCCUAAUGUUUUCUUAAUGAUGACAACAAAUAUUUUAAAACUGCAUUUAUCAUUUUUUAGGUCUUCAUCAUUAAAUUUUAAAAUGUAAUAUCUGUUUCCCACCCCUACAUUAGGAGGAUAAUUUCUUAAACCACAUUGUUUUAAUUGAUUUUUCUUACCUUGAUUUCUCUCAUUAGAAACUAUCCCUAAAUGUAAUGAUCUUUUGCCUUCAAAUUUGGCUUAUUUUUUCUGAUUUAUGAGGGGCUGAAAGAAAGAAUUCACCUAAAAGAUUCCAUUUCCAGUUUUAUAAUAUAUUUCAGGUUCUGAAUAACAAUAUUUUUCCAAAUUGAAAGUAAAUAUUCAAGAAGUUGAUAGCCUGGUUAAAAGUUAGAUCCUCUAUUACCAUUCUAAGCACAUUCACUUCUAUAUUGAAGUUUUGGUAAAAAUUCUUUUUUCUUUUUUAAUAAAAAAAUAGGUUGUUACUUUUUUUAUAACCAGAUUUUAAAAGCACUAGAUUUUAAAUCAGUGGGUAUCAUAAAAGCCAUAUAUAAAAGAUCCUUUCUUAUAGUAAGACUUGUGCUUGUUAGCAGGUUUUUCUGUUAGUUUUUCCCCCAUAACAUUUAAUUAUUACUAAAACUGUAUUUACAAUAGUGGUGCCAAAUCAAAUGGUAAUUUAAAUAAAAUCUAUUCUGUGUUUAUGUAGGGAGGUAUAAAAAAGAAGUCUUCAUUUAGACAUGUGAUUUCUAAAAUUCCAGGAAGCAAAAUUGAUAAGAUGUUAGAAAUUUGAACCAUUAUUUAUAAUCAGGAUAGCAUUAAAAUGGAGAAAAGAAAGUUUUCUGGAAAAAUGCAGUAAAUAUAAGCCACAUUUCUAAAGUUUGUUUUUAUGAAAGCUUCUUUUAAGAUUUUUGAAAUCUAUUCUGCAUUCCCAAGAGUUUAUGUUUAUGUAUUUUAUAUGAUCUACAACAUAUAAAAUUGUGUAUUUUUCUUUUGUUGUCCCUAUUAACAAAAAAGUAUUUUAAUAAAAAAUUGAAAUGA